ACCCACCGUUAUUCCAGGAUCUACCUAUGAAAAGGCCUUCUGAGCGAAUGAAAAUGCAUGACUGCGAUGUCACCGUUUCUGGAUCUCUCCCAAACCUAUAAAGUAAAAUACGACUGAGGUUAACACCGGACCCUAGAUCCUCAUCUCAUAAUAGCCCCUCCCAUCCCUCUGACAUCCUCUUAUCAAUGGUCUAGGAUUUCACCCAUACCACUCCACAACCGUCACCGGGGCGACCGCUACAACCAAAAAAAAAAAUCGAAUAUCCAACCAAAAUUGCAAAAAUGGGAAGAAAAUCUCUAGGUGCUACUAGAAAGGCCAGGAUUCCCAAGCACAUCACCAAAAUUUCCAUGACCUCGGACAAGUACUAUGAGCUUAAGGUUUACAUCAAGUCUGUCGUCAUCCUCGGCACUCCCGCUUUCGAGUUUAGGCGUCUGGGCCAUGGAGCAAAUAAGAAAUCCUACCACCUCUGGCUCCAUAAAACUCUUGAGGAGGUUGGGCCUAGGUUUUUUCCGAGCGGCACGAGGGGGUUAGUCUGGCCUGUGGAUUAUGAUCAGUAUGUUUUUUCUUUCUCUAUUUGAUUCAUCUUGUUCUAACUGGUGAUUUUCCCGAGGAGAUUCUGAUUGGCUAACCUUCCUGUGGUAUAAUAGGAUUUACAAGGGUAUCCAUCAGGUUGUUCGUGCCUUGAGCAUUGGGAUUAGGAAGAAUUAUUAUAGGAGGAACCCGAGAGCUGUUCAAAGGGGCAGUGGCGAUGAUGAGAUUGAGAUGGCACAGCAUGAGGAAGCGCAUGAAUGGGAGGCUAGUGAUGAUACAGAUACCGAGGAAGAUGUUGUGGUGCUCAAUGAGGAUGAGAGAUAUGGUCAAUGGGAACAAGAAGAGGAGAAUAUGAGGGCGAUUCUGGCAGCUGCGGACCGGGAGAAUCAGGACGAUGAUACAGUGGAAGAGGGCAUGGAUGCGGAGCCUAUCGAGGUUGAAGACUUGCUUGGUUUGAUGAAGGUAUGACCAUGAGCACCCUGUGCUGUGGUUUCCGGUAUUUUUAGAAUCUAACAACUGUCCGCUAUAGCCCGAGGUGUUUGUCAAUUUCCCUAAUGUGGAUGAUGAGUAUUUCGACUGGGAUGAAAUCUUGGACCCUAGGAACCCAGAACCGGUACGUUAUCUUGCUUAUUUAGACCAUUCUUGUCUAUCACUGCGGAGUGCUGAGGCUAAUAUAUGCGUCUAGAUUACCCGCCUUCUCUUAUUGCUCUCUUAACUUAGCAUCGAUACUGUUCCACUUUUAUUCGACACUUCCGCGGCGUUUAUUCUAGUGGGAACUAGGUAGAUCGGAGACAUGGAGCUGUGCUUGUCUGAUUAUUCUGGGCAAUAGAGGCUCAAUAGAUAAGCUGUUUCUGUAUUUCUAGCUGAAUUAAAUUUGAUUUUUACUUUU